UUUCAUCUUUAGUUUGAUUCCUCCUUAACCUCACUCUUAACUUGAGGAAACCCCCUCCUGCAUUCCCCAUAUUGUAUCUCAAACACAAGUAAACAGCGGAAACCGUCACCACGAUGUUCUCCAGAGUCAAUUAAUCAGACCAGUGGUCUUGCCACAAGCACCCAGUUAGGACCCUCUUCACGGACCUCACUCAACCACCCGCUAUCAUCAUCAUCACCAGACACCGAGCAACUUGCUCUAUAGCAUCCAAAAUGAUCACCCGAAUAUACACAUUGUCCUCCUAUAACACAUCCCUUCGUCGUGCAAUACUACUCCACUAUCUCCGAUAUCACCACCACGGGACUUGCUGAUAUUUGUUAUUGCUUGUCAAACCCUCUUAUCCGAUAUCACCUACGUGUACACUGACCACUUGAGGUCACAUCACCAGCGAACACCCCAGCGAGCCCAGACACACGAACACAAAUAUGUCCGUCUUCACCUUCGAUCCCAACCCCCCGCGAGUCUCCUCCCCGUGGCUCAAACCCUCCGAAGGCCCCAGCCGGCGUUCCACUCCGGAGGUCCGCUCAUCAACCCCUACCACCACCGGAACCAUCCAACCCGACCUCCUCUCCGAUUAUAACGGCAUCACCCGUCUCGAAGCCGAGCCCCAAGAGGGCCCGACAGAAUACAAGCUGCACCUCCUCCUCCGCCCCCGGCGCAAGUACGAACACAGCAGCACUUCAACGGCCAAGAUUUGCGGCUCUACGCAAAGCAGACCACUGCCUUAUGACCCUACUUCUAAUUCGUUAAGGGGCACUCCAGUCUCUGUUGGAGGGUCUUCAGGCGCCACGACAACGAGACAGGAUCGCUUUGAGCACUUGACUACGCAGCUGCUAUGGAGGCUGCAGCAAUCUUGUCCUUACCACGCUAGUUCCGCGGCUGUUGAUCUGGUAAUCCCAAAACUGCCGGACCCGGAUGAGUUGGCGCGGGAUGGGAAGGUUAAGUUGGGCAAGUUGCUCCCUGGCUUGGAAGCGUCGAGAGGCGCGCUGUAUGAGAUUGGUGUGGCUGAUGAUGGCACCCUCGUGGGCCUGACGAGAGACGAGCUGGAUGAAAGUUUGGCAAACUUGAGGGUCAUGGGAGCGAGUUUGGGGUGCAACAUGAAUGUGUUGAGGAUGGUGAUUGUGGGCGAGUGCGAGUGGAAUGAGUCUUCGGAUGAGCCUGGGGAUUCGUUAUUCGGAGAACCUCAGGAGAUUCGACGCAAGGACAAGUUAUGGGUGGCGGAAGCUCUGAUCAUGCCGGACUUGACUGCUCAAGCUAGCGGUGCUGUGUCUUCGGCUUUGCCGACCAUGAAACAGGGUCCGUUAACCGCGAACCAGUUGCGCGUUACGCUUACAGGGCCGACUACGUCUGGAAAGUCCACGCUUCUGGGCAUUUUGUCUCAAGGAACUCUGGACAAUGGCCGUGGAAAAAGCCGGCUCAAUUUGCUCAAGCAUCCCCACGAAGUAGCUUCUGGCGUCACUUCCUCCGUGGCUCAAGCACUGGUCGGCUACAACGAAGACGAAAUCAUCAACGAUGCUCACAGCGGAGUUGAAUCUUGGAUCGACGUCCACGACUUCACCAAGGACGGUCGGCUAGUCUACCUGGUCGACUCAGCCGGAGCUCCAAGAUAUCGUAGGACUAUCCUCCGCGGUAUCGUCGGUUGGGCGCCGCAUUGGACAUUACUCUGCAUAGCAGCCGAUGGCAGCGAUGCUUCGCCCUCCGUUGACGCCCCAGCUCCGGGAACCACCCCAACGGGUGGCAGCAACGGCAUCGACCUAGCCUCAGCCCACCUCGAGCUCUGCCUGAGACUCAAGUUGCCUCUAGCAAUCAUCAUCACCAAACUCGAUCUCGCAUCCAAGCCAUCCAUCCUCUCCACCCUUACCAAAGCCCUCACAGGCAUCAAGCGAGCCGGCAGAGCUCCAGCCAUUCUCAAAGCAGACGCUACCAACCCUUACGAGUUUACCCAUGUCUCGCCAACCGAGGAGGCAGCCGUCGCUAAAAUCGCCGACCAACUUGCUUCCAACGGUGACCUCUUAUCAGUCGUCCCGAUAGUCCUCACCUCCGCCGUCGACGGUCGCGGACUGGGUAUGCUGCACGCCUUACUUCAGGGCUUGCCUUUACCUCCCACCCCAACCGCACAUGACUUUACCGGCCCGGCUCUAAACCCCGAGCAACCGGCUUCGCUCUUUCACAUCGAAGACCAGUACAACCUCGCCGCCUCGUCAUCACUAGCAACAGGCGACUCAGACGAGGAAACAGACCUCGGCACCGUAGUAGCAGGCUACCUCCGCUUUGGAAGUCUGUCAAUAGGUGACACGGUAGUAGUCGGUCCCUUCCCUUCUUCCUCCUCCUCCGACGAGACCAGCGACACCCUCAGCCCAGCCACCCCUUCUCUGGCAGCAAUAGCAGCCAUAGCCAGCGACAACCACCUCCGCCCGACCCUCUCCGAUUUCGAAGCAAACCCUUCAUCAGCUGAACUCAACCGCCUUAACUCGUCGACCAAGGCCAAUCCAUCUGCUUCUGCUUCCUCGGCAAAGGGGGAGUGGCACACCGCCAAGGUGGUCUCCAUCAGAAACCUCCAGCUUCCUGUUCAGACACUAGCAGCAGGGCAGGUUGGGUCGAUAGGCAUGGUUUUUGAUCAUGCAGCAACUGCAGAGGUGGGUAAUGGGAAUGGCACAGGGGGAAAGAGGGCAGCGAGGAUAAGAAAGGGGAUGGUCCUCGCUGUUCCUGGGAGGCAUAUGUCGUCGACUACAUUGCAGGCUGCCAGUGGGCUUACGGCGGUUUUUGAGGAUGGGGAUCAUGCUGCUGGUGCUGGUGCUGCUUCUGGUGCUGGUGCUGGUGGUGAUGCCGGCGACGAAGACGGAGGGGUAGCCGGUGCGUUGACGGUGGGAAGUUUGGUGAAUGUUUACGUGGCUAGUGUUAGGGCGUCUGCAAGGGUGGUGACGGUCACUCGUCUCACUCCUACUUCCCCUUUCACAUCCCCUUCCGCGAAUGGGCCAAAAGAAGAGGACGAUGUGUUUAGCUUCGGCGAGGGUGAAGAUACCCCUGAGGACCAUCUCCACGCCGGCAACGGCAACGGUGAUGGCUUGGGUGGUGAUGAGACAAGAAAGAAGGGAUGUGAAGUCCAACUCGAACUCUUAUCCAACCGCGAGUGGAUCGAGCUAGGUUCGAGGAUCUUGAUAUUGGGUGAUAAUGGGAGUCGGGAUCGGUCGUCGCGGUUGGAGGGGUAUGUGGGGAGGGUUGUUGAGAUUGUUGAGUGAUUCAUGUUUUUGUUUCUGUCGUUUGAGUACCGACAUGAGCGAGUGCAUUUUUGGCUUACAUUAUUUUGGAUCAGUGAACCUUGUUGGCUUUUGUUGUUGUUGUCACAGCGUUGUUGAUUCUGUCAUGAUGUUGGAAACUUGUUUGAUGGCAUAGUAGCUGUAAUCGUGGUAGAUUUCGCCGGUAUGAGUAGUCGUUUGUUUAGCCUGAAUAAAUUACAUUUUUGUAUGAAGAC